CGGAGCUGCCGCUGCCGAGUCUGGAUCUAACCACUGCGCGCUGCAGACGCCCGCUCGACGUGUAGUCCCGGUUCCUUUCCAUUCCAAGUCUAAAAUGGCAGCUCUCAAGGAUCAGCUGAUUGAGAAUCUUAUUAAGGAAGAACAGACCCCUCAGAAUAAGAUUACAGUUGUUGGGGUUGGUGCUGUUGGCAUGGCCUGUGCCAUCAGUAUCUUAAUGAAGGAAUUGGCAGAUGAAUUGGCGCUUGUUGAUGUCAUAGAAGACAAACUGAAGGGAGAAAUGAUGGAUCUCCAACAUGGCAGCCUUUUCCUUAGAACACCAAAAAUUGUCUCUGGCAAAGACUAUAGUGUGACUGCAAACUCCAAGCUGGUUAUCAUCACAGCUGGGGCACGUCAGCAAGAGGGAGAGAGUCGUCUUAAUUUGGUCCAGCGUAAUGUGAACAUCUUUAAAUUCAUCAUUCCUAAUGUUGUAAAAUACAGCCCGAACUGCAAGUUGCUUAUUGUUUCCAAUCCAGUGGAUAUCUUGACCUAUGUGGCUUGGAAAAUAAGUGGCUUUCCCAAAAACCGUGUUAUUGGAAGUGGUUGCAAUCUGGAUUCAGCCCGGUUCCGUUAUCUAAUGGGGGAGAGGCUGGGAGUUCACCCAUUAAGCUGUCAUGGCUGGGUCCUUGGGGAGCAUGGAGACUCGAGUGUGCCUGUAUGGAGUGGAGUGAAUGUUGCUGGGGUCUCCUUGAAAAAUCUGCACCCUGAAUUAGGCACUGAUGCCGAUAAGGAACAUUGGAAAGAGGUUCACAAGCAGGUGGUCGACAGUGCUUAUGAGGUGAUCAAACUGAAAGGUUACACCUCCUGGGCCAUUGGGCUAUCUGUGGCAGAUUUGGCAGAAAGUAUAAUGAAGAAUCUUAGACGGGUACAUCCAGUUUCCACCCUGAUUAAGGGUCUCUAUGGAAUAAAAGAUGAUGUCUUCCUUAGUGUUCCUUGCAUCUUGGGACAGAAUGGAAUCUCAGACAUUGUCAAAGUGUCUCUGACUCCUGAAGAAGAGGCCCGUUUGAAGAAGAGUGCAGAUACACUUUGGGGGAUCCAAAAAGAGCUGCAAUUUUAAAGUCUUAUAAUGUUGUAUCAUUUACUGUCUAGGUUACAACAGGAUUUUUGUUGGGGAUUAUGCAUGUUGUCCUUUUUAUCUGGUCUGUGAUUAAAGCAGUGAUAUUAAAAUGACCUAGGGAAAACAUCAAUUUCUUAAAGUUAGAAGUAGGAAUAAUUCAUAAAACCUCACAGCUAUAUCCUGAUGCUGGAUAAGAUACUAGUCUUGGAUAGUCCCAAACUGGUUAGUAUAAAAUAGUUCACCUCUGAGGCACCAGUGCCAAUGUUGCACAUGCUGCAAUUGUCUUUCAAACCAGAAGAAUGCAUGGUUACUAUGUAUUAUAUACCUUCUGGUUACUUAAUCCAAAAUGCCUAGUCCAACUUCUUUCCCCCCCAUUCAGUCACAUCCUGGACUCCAAUGUAUAAAUCCAAUGUUGCAUGUUUUGUGCAUAACUGUUCUAAACGAUCUUGUUUUGUGUACCAAAUGUAUCAAAGUGGUGUACACUGCCAUGUAAUGUAAAAAGAAAGACUACCUGUAAACAGUGCAACCAACUAUCCAAACGUGUCAUACCAUUUAAAACACCAAAUAAACCAUGAUCAGUGACUA